CAACUGAAUCUGCUUCAACUUUCCUCAUCCUCCAAAACCAUAAUGUAAAAAGGCUUGAAACUGUUUUACACACACACACGCGCACACAUCAGUGCAGUAGGAGGGGUUGUAGUGACGCUACUAUCCAAUGGGAACUGGUUUCCUCUGAACUGAACGCAGCAUCUCUGGCUCAGCGGCACUUUUCCGUCAGACAAGUAGUGUCUGUCUCUGACUCUGCAUCCGAGUUACAGAAACGCGGAUUCGGGAAUUACCGAGACGUCUUUUUUUUGGCAAAAUAAGACUAAUUCCGUUCCCUUUUUCCUCCUUGAUGCAAAGAUGAGCUUGGGCUGGAUCAUCCUGUCGUGCACCUUACUUGUGUCAGCAUCGUCGGGGAAUAAGGCAGGCCAGCCUCUCAAAGCCCCAUGCAGACCAGGCUUCUCCCAGAACUUCUACACAAUGAUUGUCUCCAGAGACCUACUGCACGGCCAGAGCAUUCUCAAAGAUACAACCCUUUCAAGCGACCGGGUCAAGUUUGAGGAUUGCCAGCGCAGCAGAGAGGUGGGCUUUGUCAGCAGUGACCCUAAUUUCAGCGUGAGACCUGACGGCACGGUGUAUGCAGAGCAGGAGGUGGCUAACCUGUCAGAGCCUGUGCAGUUCAUGGUGACGGCUUAUGGUCUACACGAUCCUCACAUCUGGGAGACCACCGUUAAACUGGCCUUGGCUGGACAUCCUCACCCUCUGCCAUUCACCAAGGCUGGCAUUGAAGAAAUGUUGUCAAGAGCCUGGGAAUCCCAACCCAAAGUUAUAAAGUUUCCCAGAAAACAUCAGAGAAGCUCCUUGGCUAAUGCUCUCAGGCGACAGAAGAGAGACUGGGUCAUCCCACCUAUAAAUGUGCCGGAAAACUCCAGAGGUCCCUUUCCACACAUGCUCGUCAGGAUCCGCUCAGAUCAGGAUAAGGAAGCUGGUAUCCGCUACAGCAUCACGGGAGCAGGGGCUGAUCAGCCCCCGAGUGGCAUUUACAACAUAGAUCCAAUCAGCGGCAACAUGUUUGUCACCCAACCCUUGGACAGGGAAGAGAGGGCCUCCUUUCAUCUUCGUGCCCAUGCAGUGGAUAUGAAUGGUAACCAGGUAGAGAAUCCAAUCGAUCUGUACAUUUAUGUGAUCGACAUGAAUGACAACAGGCCAGAGUUUCAGAACCAGGUGUACAACGGCUCCGUGGCGGAAGGAUCCAAACCAGGUUCAUCUGUGAUGAAGGUGACGGCAACCGAUGCAGACGACUCCACCACAGCCAACGGGAUGGUCCGCUAUCGAAUACUCUCGCAGACACCUCACAGCCCCAUUCCCAACAUGUUUACCAUCAACAGUGAGACUGGAGACAUUGUGACAGUAGCAGCAGGUCUGGACAGAGAGAAAGUUUCCCAGUACACCAUCAUCGUCCAGGCUACAGAUAUGGAAGGAAACUUGAACUUUGGUUUGUCCAACACGGCCACAGCUCUCAUCUCCAUCACUGACAUCAAUGACAAUCCACCAGAGCUGACCGUCAGGACGUUUUCUGGUGAGGUGCCAGAGAACAAGGUGAAUGUGGUUGUGACCAACCUGACAGUGGUGGACAGAGAUCAGCCACACAGUCCCAACUGGAACGCCGUGUACCGCAUCGUCAGCGGAGACCCCUCUGGACACUUUGCCAUCCGCACCAAUCCCAUCACCAAUGAGGGCAUGUUGACAGUGGUCAAGCCGGUGGAUUUUGAAAUGAACCGUGCUUUUAUGCUGACUGUGGUGGUGUCCAACCAGGCCCAUUUGGCCAGCGGGAUUCAGUCUUCACUCCAGUCCACAGCAGGAGUCACAAUCUCAGUGCAGGACGUGAACGAGCCUCCUGUCUUUCCUGUCAACCCCAAAAUGAUCCGCUUUGAAGAAGGUGUACCAGCAGGGACCACUCUGACUGUGUUCUCUGCCCAAGAUCCGGACCACUUCAUCCACCAGAUAGUCAGAUACUCUAAGCUGUCUGACCCAGCUAAUUGGCUGAAGAUCAACAGGACAAACGGUCAAAUAACCACCAUGGCCCUACUGGACCGGGAGUCCAUGUACGUCAAAAACAACGUGUACGAAGCCACAUUCCUAGCAUUCGACAAUGGUAAGUCUGGUUCACCUCAGGCCAGUGGAACAGGGACCCUCCAGAUCUUCCUCAUUGAUAUCAAUGACAAUGCUCCAGUGCUGGUUCCCCGUGAGGCCCAAGUGUGCGAACGUGCACACCCCAACUCCAGGAUCAACAUCACAGCAUCCGAUGCAGAUGCAGAUCCUAAUGUGGGUCCUUUUGUCUUUGAACUGCCGUCUUUCCCUGGCAGCGUCCGCCGCAAUUGGACGAUUUCAAGGUUGAGUGGUGACUACGCUCAACUAAGGCUAAGAAUUCCGUACCUGGAAGCAGGUGUGUACGAGAUCCCUGUCAUUGUUUCUGACUCGGGAAACCCUCCUCUGUCCAAUCGCUCUCUGAUCAGAAUCAAGGUGUGCCCUUGUGAUGACAAUGGGGACUGCAGUGCCACUGGAGCUGUAGCAGCUGCUGGACUGGGCACUGGGGCCAUCAUUGCAAUACUUAUUUGCAUCAUCAUCCUGCUCAGCAUGGUUUUGCUCUUUGUGGUGUGGAUGAAGCGCAGGGAGAAAGAGCGGCAGGCAAAGCCACUGUUGAUCGAUCCUGAGGAUGAUGUAAGAGACAACAUCCUCAAAUAUGACGAGGAGGGAGGAGGAGAGGAGGACCAGGUAUGACUUUUACUUAUUACAGUGGUUCCUAUACAGUUUCUGCAGGGCUCUUUUGGCAGGUAAAAACAUUUUCAGGCCACAGGGAGGCACUUUCUCUUUAGAUGUGAGUGUAGUUUGAAGCAAAACAAUUGUCAUUUUUCAACCAGGUUUUACAGCCUGUAUCUGUCAAACGUGCCACUCACAAUAAUAUUGUAUUCGCACAACUUGCUGUUCCACUGUUUAAGUCGAGCCAAUUUGUUUCCCUUGACUGAAUCCAUUCAUUUUUUAAACAAGGCUUUCAGUGUGAAAUAUUUGCAUGGGGUCGAUUUUUAGCAGAGAGGAAAAACCCCGUGUAAAAGAUUUCCACACCAUGGAAGUAGUUCAGUAAGGGACAAAAUUAUCCAUGAUGUACUCUGUUAGCAGUUUAGUGUAUGUCAGGCCUCUGUGCCUUCUCCACCGUAGAAUUUAAUAUUUUAUCUAGAGACUUCAGCCCCAGAUGGAAAUGCUUUCUUUGCACUAAAACAUUAUAUCAAUUUGUUAGUGUGCACCCCCUCCAUUUUUUAAUCAAGAUUUUACAAAAACAUAGACAGAUAGGGCAGAAAACAGCUAUGGAUGGUUAUGACCAUCUGGCUGCAGGUGGCAUCUGUUACUUUAAAGAUUCACUUUUUAAUUUGUGAGUUUAAUCAACUAGGCCUGUUUCUCAUCUACUGUCUAUGAUUAAACCUCCACGAACUCCCAUAUGUUACCUUGGAGAAUAACUUUAUACUGCCAUGAUCUCAAGGGUAAAAUUGAUCUGACCAGUUGUAAAUAUAAAAACACCAUGAAUUGUUUGAUUAAAUUCCUCCAUCAAUUAUGGGUCAAAAUUGUAACAUUGUUAACACCAAUUGGCCUAGAUCAGUGGUUCUUAACCUUGUUGGAGGUCCUGACCCCACCAG